AUGGACUUUUAUUGUUGUGAGUAUUGCAGUAUGGUCAUAUACGAAGGUGGUGCAGCAGUUUCACAGGCGAGAUCACUAUGGCGAGUUGAGCUGAUCCGUAUGAAAUGGCAUGGCGCCUUGAUUGGAUGGGAUCAAGUUUUUCGCAUUAGACACAUCACUUCGGGGAGGUACGCUAACCAAUAUGCAAAUAUUGAAAGUGUUCAUGUUCAGCCGACUUUUCGGCACUCAUCAUUAGCUCCGUCAUCAUAA